AUGAAACGUAAAAAAUUUGAUAGUGAAGAAGAUAGUGCGCGUAAAAGAAGUGAUGUUUUGCCAAACUGGGGAGACUCUUUUUUUGAUUACAACGAUUUUUCUUGGAAGAAAACUCCGUUUUCGCAGUACAACUUUCAUGGAUAUAAUGAGAUCCGUAUCACCAAUGUUGUGCCGCUUUUGAUGUCGAUGACACUGUUGGGCCUCAAGGAGUUCAAUGCUCAAAACACUCAAAAUCUUCAUGGUCCAGCUGAUUUUGAAUCGCCAAUUUCUUUUAAUGAUGAUAAUCCAAAUACACUGUACAAAGUAGCUAAAUCUAGUUCCUUAAAUGCCGAUAUUUUGAAUUCUAUGCGAUUUGGAAGAUUAAUAGAAAAUUUUAAUGCACCAAUAGAAGAUCGACUGCCUAAUUUUGGGCUCAAUGAUAUAACUAUACCAAAUAAAGACAUUGAACCACCUUUUGAAAAUUUUCCUGAAGAAGAAACUCCCGGCGCUGCCAUGGAACUGAUUUACGCCUGGAAAACUAUAGACUAUGAAUUCGCUAGUAGUGCAGCACGAGAACAAGCAAUAUUGGAGAAAUCAUUCAUUCCGGAAAACAAUGUACCUUUGGGUCUUGAAUUUUGGCGAGACAAAGUCUUUAUAACACUCCCGAAGUGGCGAACGGGAGUUCCAGCGACGCUCACCACUGUUCCACGGUAUACUGUCCAGAAAAGUCCAAAACUGCGACCUUAUCCUAGUUGGGGAUGGCAUUACCAAGGUUCCUGUGGUGGUAUGACAUCGGUCUUCCGGAUCCAAGUAGAUCAGUGUGAUCGACUCUGGGUUUUAGAUUCAGGAUCGGUAAACUUGACUGAAUCACUAAAAAGAAUUUGCCCACCAGCCAUUUUCAUCUUUGACUUAAAAACAGACCGACUGCUGAAGAGAUAUCAAAUCCCCGAAGAUCAAAUAAAAGAAGACUCUUUGUGGUCAAAUAUCGUUGUAGAUAUUCGAAACAACGACUGUAAUUCAGCAAAAGCUUACCUCGCAGAUGUCUGGCGUUUCGCAAUGAUAGUCUACGACUUAUCAAAGGACACGUCCUUCAGAAUCCAGCACCAUUUCUUCUUCCCAAAUCCUUUUGCAUCCAAGUACGAAUUACACGGUAUUCGUUUCCAAUGGAUGGACGGAAUCCUCGGACUCGCGUUGAGCCCCAUUGACGUUAACAACGACAAGAUUCUCUACUUUCAUCCGAUGUCCAGUUUCCAUGAAUUCGCGGUAUCCACCGCGGUGUUAAUAGACCAGGAGACAGCGGAAUCAAAUCCUGAUAGCUUCGCACCAGUAGGCGAGAGAAGGGCCAAAGACUUUGGACAUUCUUCAGGAUCUGCUAUCGACAGAAACGGUGUUAUGUUCUUCAACAUGGUCACCAGGGACUCGGUGUGGUGUUGGGACACACGUAAAGAGUACUUACCUCGGAAUUUCGGAUUAGUUGGAGUCAGUAACGAGACUCUUGUGUUUCCCAAUGACAUACGAGUUGACAAUGAAGAGAGACAAAGCUUCUGGACCAUCUCAAACAGGCUACCGAUGUAUUUGUACGGACCUUGGAACCCAGAAGACGUUAAUUUUAGGGUAUACCGAGCUUACGUUGAUGAAGCUGUCAGAGAUACUGUUUGUGAUCCUAAUUACGUUGUUUCAGAGACUGAAAUAAGUUAUGAAGAUACUUGUUAA